CACUCGGCAACGUUCGGCGGUUUUCGUGCAGGCCAGGCCGCCAUUUUCUCACAGCCUCCCCGUACGCGUUGACUGCGUGGCUGUCUGUCCCGCUUGUCCGCGCUUUGUCCUGCUCGGCGAUGGACGGGUAGAAAGAUGCCUUUGUGUAUGCUGGAGCCUGGCUGUAAAAGCCAAAGAAGGGAAGGUUUUGAAGGAGUCAGCCGUACGGGACAGCGAGGGCCCUCGGUCCUGGCCGGGAGCUGGGGCGGGCAGUCACUGUACACAAGGCCUUCUUUCUGUUGGACCUGGAACAUGAGGCUGGUGGUUGUAGCCUUCGUCCCUGUAAAUACAACAGCUUCCAGCUUCCAAAUUUCCUAUUAAGUUGUUUACUGUGCUUCAAACAGAGAAGCAAUCUCUUUGCAUUGUCACUGAUGUUGCAGUUGGUGUGAAGAGAGGAUCUGACGAACUUCUUUCAGGCAGUGUACUCAAUAGCCCGAACUCUAACAUGAGCAGCAUGGUAGUUACUGCCAAUGGUAAUGACAACAAGAAAUUCAAAGGUGACGAUAAAAUGGAUGGGGCUCCUUCUCGUGUUCUUCAUAUCAGGAAAUUACCUGGGGAAGUGACAGAAACUGAAGUUAUUGCUUUAGGUUUACCAUUUGGUAAAGUAACCAACAUCCUGAUGCUGAAAGGGAAAAAUCAGGCAUUUUUGGAACUUGCUACAGAAGAAGCAGCUAUCACUAUGGUUAAUUACUACUCUGCUGUGACGCCUCAUCUUCGUAACCAACCUAUCUAUAUCCAGUAUUCCAAUCAUAAAGAACUAAAGACUGAUAACACACUUAACCAGCGGGCCCAAGCUGUUCUUCAGGCAGUGACUGCUGUGCAGGCAACAAAUGCUCCCAUUAGCGGGACCACAGUUAGUGAGAGUGCAGUGACUCCUGCUCAGAGUCCAGUACUUAGAAUAAUUAUUGACAAUAUGUACUACCCAGUAACCCUGGAUGUUCUUCAUCAGAUAUUCUCUAAAUUUGGUGCUGUGUUGAAGAUAAUCACAUUCACAAAGAAUAACCAGUUUCAAGCUUUACUGCAGUAUGGUGAUCCAGUAAACGCACAGCAAGCAAAACUAGCCUUAGAUGGUCAAAAUAUUUAUAAUGCUUGCUGUACCCUACGGAUUGAUUUUUCCAAAUUGGUGAAUUUGAAUGUCAAGUACAACAACGAUAAAAGCAGGGACUACACUCGUCCUGAUCUUCCGUCUGGGGAUGGACAGCCAGCGCUGGACCCAGCUAUUGCUGCAGCAUUUGCAAAGGAGACCUCUCUUCUAGGGCUUCCUGUUGCAGCUGUUCCAGGAGCACUGAGUCCUUUGGCUAUUCCAAAUGCUGCUGCUGCAGCUGCGGCUGCUGCUGCUGGCCGUGUGGGAAUGCCUGGAGUUUCAGCUGGUGGCAAUACAGUCCUCCUGGUUAGCAAUUUAAAUGAAGAGAUGGUUACGCCCCAAAGUCUGUUUACCCUCUUCGGUGUUUAUGGUGAUGUGCAGCGUGUGAAGAUUUUAUACAAUAAGAAAGACAGUGCUCUUAUACAGAUGGCUGAUGGAAACCAGUCACAGCUGGCCAUGAGCCAUCUUAAUGGACAAAAAAUGUAUGGAAAGAUUAUUCGAGUUACCCUUUCUAAACAUCAAACAGUACAACUACCUCGAGAGGGACUUGAUGACCAAGGGCUGACUAAAGAUUUUGGUAAUUCACCUCUGCAUCGCUUCAAGAAGCCUGGUUCAAAAAACUUUCAAAAUAUAUUCCCUCCUUCUGCAACACUUCAUCUGUCCAAUAUUCCACCAUCAGUAGCAGAAGAGGAUCUACGCACAUUGUUUGCUAACACUGGAGGCACUGUGAAAGCAUUUAAAUUUUUUCAAAGAGAUCACAAGAUGGCACUUCUUCAGAUGUCAACAGUAGAAGAAGCUAUUCAGGCUUUGAUUGAUCUUCACAAUUACAAUCUUGGAGAAAAUCACCAUCUGAGAGUUUCUUUCUCUAAGUCAACUAUUUAAAAAGGCAGAUUGCAAAUGAGGGUGUAUUGCAUUGUUUGGUGUUGUCACCUAUUGACUGUUCAGGAAAGUGGGGACCAGAGUUUGUCUUCUGUUGGGUUUUUUUAUUUUUUAUUUCAUGCUGUUAUCAUUCCUUGGUUGUUUUAAAAAAAUAAAAAAUAAAAAAAAUUUAAAAAGCAGUGAUACUAACUGCUGUUGUUCAACCGUUGUUUAGAUAAACCAUCGUUUUGUUUAGAAGAUUUCAAGUUAAACCACAGUUUUUCAACUUAGUUGACGUACGUGCCUUAAAAAGGAAAACUAGUACUGCUGGAAUUGCAUAACUAGUAGAAAGGAAAUUUGGUUGUCUGGGGCACAUUGUUACAUGAUAAUUUAAAUAUGUUUAGGCAGGAGUGUGUAAAAAGGUUAAGCUUUUGUUUCUCCUGCUUGAUAGAUUUCUUUAUCUGCUGGCUUGUCAUUUGUUUUUUCUUUUUAAUUGGAUAAGAUGCAUUAUGCUGAGAGAGUAAAAUGAUGCUAUUUGAUUUCUGCUACUUUUUGCUUUGUGCUUUUUUUUUAAAAAAAAGGCCUUUUGUGUUCCAUGGUUCUGGUCUAGAUUCAGUUAUGAAUGUAGGCAUUAGUUAAAAUUAACAAGGUACAGAAUAUUAAUUUCUAAAAGGACAAAAAGUGACUUCCGUGACUUUGAGCCCUACAUGAAAAGCAUUGUGGAAUCUUAACCUUUUUGUACACACUCUUGUGGGAUGUAUCAUAUAAAUGUCAGCACUAAGUAAUGUCUUGUUUGUGGCUGAAUAUUUUUCGUAGAUGUUUUUGAAGUUGACAUGACUUAUGUGCAUUUCAAUAUAUAUUGCCAUCUUUAGUUUGUAAUUAAGAUAUGGAAUAUGGUUGUGGAUUUCUGAGCAUGUACAGACUGGUCAAGCUAGUUCAGGAAAUGGUGCAUGUGUUUUUCAAUGAUGAAGAAAGUUUGCUGCAAAUGCUUGCAGGAAAUUUUGUGGCAGUUUUCUAAAACUGACAACCAGGUGGGACCAAAGUUUAUGUGCCUUUAGUCUUAAUUUACCUUGCAUUGUAAUAUUCAGUUUUAAUAAAUCUCUUCAAAAUAUUUUGUAUUUAGAAAUUGAUCUGACUUUGCUAUAAACAUGGCUCAGAAUCUACAGAUCCAGUUAAUUUGAAAGCAGUUCUCUGUCAGUCUGAACUGUUACCUUGAUUCUGUUUAAAUGACCAAUACUUUUUGAAAUUGAUGUACUUAGUUUCAAGAUUCAUAGAUUCUGUUAUCUAUGUAGAGAAAAAAAAGGUCAUGUAUAUUUUCUAUUAGUUGAGUUUUUACAUCUUUAGAAUUGUAAAAUUCAGUAUAGUUUGAAAGUGGCACAAUUAAAAAUUAAUUUUCUAACAAAGUUGGGAGGUUUGACGGUUGUUUAAUUUCAUUUUGUGUGUACUCUGCUUACCUCUGUAGCAUGCUCAAUAAACACUUCUGUAGCUCUGUAUUCACCUUUUCUGUCUUUCUCUGCUGCUUUCUAUCUCUCCUCUUCUUUGUUUUUCACUUCUACUGUGCUUCUGAAUUCAUGUUUAUUCUCUGCCAGGGUGGGAAAAGCAUAAUAUUAAAAAAUACAAUUUAUGGCUUUUACCAUAAAUCUGAUGCUGUGAAAAACACCAGCUCUUUACAUUCAGAAAGAUAGUGACCCCUUUGCAGGUAUAUGUGCAUAUUAAACAUUUCCCACCCUGUUAUAACUUACUGCUUUAAAGACAUAACUUUUAUUGUAGUUUGUUAGCUCUCUCUUUCUAUCUUUUUAGUUUUUAAGCAGAUUUAUGCACUAAUAGAUCUCUCAGGUUUGCCAUGCUCUCUUGCUGCAGUUUCAUCUCUCAUUUUUUUUGUGUCUGCUAAAGAUUUUCUACUAAUCAUACAGUAUACUCAUGGGUUAAAGUAACAAAGUUUUGAAGAUUAGAUUAGUGGACCAUACAUAUUCCAGACCAGGAUGUUUCACCUGCUCAGAGACAUGGGUUCAAAUGAAUGUAAAACCAGUUUGGGCACUUUAAUAGUGUUUCUUCAUAUUACUUGGAACUGAUUGUUAUGGGGUUUUUUCCCCUCAAAUUAGAAAUAGGAUUAAAACUUUUACACAGUCCCCUUUUAAGAGUAACUGUAUGAUCCUAAAGCAUUACAUUGAUAUAAACUGUCAGUGUUGAAUUUGAAGCAUUUUUCUGUCACUCCUCUAGUACGACUGCUGUGGAUUUAUUGAUGUCAGAUUACUUUGUGACCUGAUGUCUGUUCUUUGGGUUCGCUUUCAAAUCAAUAAAUAGCUAUCAGCUUUUUAAAGGUCAUGGUAUAACAUAGGGGGCUUGCAUUAAAUAAAAUGCAUUAGGUUCUUACCUGUUUUAUCAGAAAUACACCCAAGAAGGUAUAUUCCAGGUAUCACAGUGAUCACCCAGUCUGAAAGACUAGUAGGAUCAGAUUCAUCCACACUGAAACCUGAGAAUCAACAUCUUUUUACAACUCAGGUGCCCAGAUGCAUUCGUGUCACUAUCUCCCAGUUGACUUAACAGUAGUUAAGGGUCUGACUGAGCUGAUUUUUUUAAAAAAUUUUUCAUAUAUAUAGUAUGGUUGUCCCAUAUUUUUAAAAGUAAAACUGUGUCAGAUUUCUUUUUGCAUAUCAGAAUGUGCUUGCAUGUUUCAAACAGAAAUGUGAAUUGAAAUUUACCAUUCCAUGGGUUCAGCUUGUGCCGAACUAUUUCCAGUCUAAAACAUCUGUAUCAGAUAGCAUACAGUGAUUGCCAUAUGUAUACUUUUGAAAUAACUUUCAACAUCUGCAGUGCUUGAGUGUUUACAAAUACAGGGGUUUUGUAAAACUGUAUCUUGUUCAUCUCUUGCCAGGCUUAUUUCCUUAAAAAGAAGUUUCUAUACUACUUUUCUCAUUUUGAAAAGUUCUGUGGCAAAAGCCUCAAGGGAGAGAAUAUGUAUUGAAUUUGAUUUGUUACAAAUUCAGUAACUUUUAUUAUGAGAUUAUAUUUGUAUCAGCCAAAAUUAAAAGUAAUAGUAGUCAUAAUUGACGUGGAAGGGUUUUUUAUUAACUCAAUGAAGAAAAUCACUGUUCAGUUAUUGAUGCUUAGUCUUUAAAGUGGUAUCUCUUCAGAAAAUACAGGUUUAAUGUCCUAACUGUUAGAACUUUCAAAAACUUGUUUUUCUUGAGAUGGUACUGCAUUUUGUAUAGUAAUUUGUACAUUUUUGUUGUUAUAAAAUGUAAAUAAGUUCCGGUUGUAUUUUUAGCUCUUCAGAAUGUGAAAAUGCAAAGCAUCAUUUUUAUU